GUGAGCAGCUUUAUCUCUGCGUUCUGGCAAGCAUUUUUCUUUUAACCUCAUGAGCAUGUAAAUUAGUAAUAUGGAACUUCAAAUGAGUGUUUGCCAUUGUGCUUGAGUUGUGAUGAACUUUUUUCUUUUUUCAGAAUUCCCUUUGGAAAUGGCAGUAUCCAGCAACCUCUCUACACUGGAUGUGAGCAAUGCCAUUAACCAACUGACUGUGGAAGAGACAAGAGACCUAGUGUUCCAAAUGGGUGUACCGCUAAAUGUCUUGAAAGAUAUCGCAGUCCCAGUAUGAGUGGCGAGAAACCGAAAGCAAAUUUUGUGCAGACUUGGCUUGAUAGGACUCCCGAUGCAAGCUGGGAGAAGCUGGUUGCUGGCCUGAGGAAGAUCAACAAAAACUCCCUGGCAGCCGAGAUUGAAUCCGAACAUCUUUCAAGAGCCCUAGUCCCCCACAGUGGCUCUCCCUCUUUCCCUUCAACCGCCCCUGCCUCUGCCUCUCCAUCAGAAGUUGGCACAACUGAUCCUAUUUCGAACGACGUGUUCUGCCAAGAAGUGGUAACAGUUAAGGUCAUUCUAGAGCAGUUGCAAGACGAAUUUUAUGAGGUAAUGACUAGAACACACUCAUCUUUGUCCGAUCAAGAGAAGAUUGACAACUCAUUCUUAGACCGAUUUCGUGAUUAUCUCCUGGUUCUGCCUGUUGCCAAAAGACAGGUUCACAUUCGUUUCUUCAUUAGAAAUGAAGAUGAAAUCCUUGCAGCUGAAACCAUUAAGAAACUCUUUGCCAUCGUAAGCCGUUACUGCAACUACACCAACUAUGAGAUAAUCUUCCACAUUGUGAAAAGGUUCUGCCAUGAACUGAAAAGAAGAAUGCUGAAAUACCGUGACUCUUUAACCAGUUUUGAAAAGUCUACAGCCGUUGAUGUCUACCUCAGUGCCAUUUCAGCUCAUCCAGGUGGUGCAAUCAGGAAAGGGUACAUCCGCAUGACCAUGAAGAUCAACAAGCCACCCUCCGAGUGUAAACUAUAUGAGAUCCGAGAGUUGAAGGAAUCCAUCGAGGAGAAUGCAGCUUUAGAGUCCCAUGCCACGUACAUUGAAACCCCACUGCCAGGCUCUGUGGUGGUACGGCUGCUUGUUCCCGAGGAGGUUGGUUGGAGGGUGGGCGUGGUCUUGAUGUCUCCUGCCUUCAGGGAGAAACGUCUGACAUACGUGUCAACAUAUUCAACUAGACAUCUUCUCAAAGACUACUUGAAAGGUGAACUGCAAGUGGCCUCUGGAAAAGGAGAUGUGGAGGCAGUGAUAUCACUGAGUGCAGUUGCCGACCCUUAUUGGAUUGGAGUUGUUACAAUGAUGAUGGCUGUUGAAAAAUUUGGCAACGCUGAAGUUAUUUCACGGCUAUUACAGCCUGGAGCUAACAUUGAUGUGCAGGACAAGGAAGGAAACUCUUUACUGAUGAUUGCUACCAGGAUGGGUUGGACUGACGUUGUUUCACUACUGAUUAAUGCUGGGGCAGCGCUGGAUUUACAGAACAAGGUGCAAUUAUCUGAUACCGUUUGCGAGUGAAGCGAGCCCACCUACAUAGUCGCAGGAAUUGCACAAUUUUUGUAUGCAGUCGGCACUGACCAUACCUUAAGCUUUUAACAACUGUACUCGCAUUCGUUGUCAUGUUUGUUCUAGUUACAAUGCUAUGUUCUCUAUAGGAAGGUGACUCUGCUGUAAUACUAGCCACAACGUACAACCACCUGACAGUCUUGAAGGAAUUUGUCAGAGCUGGUGCUGACUUCAACCUUCAGAAUGAGGACGGGCUGACGGCUCUUAUGAUUUCCUCAAGAUCUGGCAGAGCUGAUCUCACAGAGACACUUUUGCUGGGAGAGAAUAUCUCUCUCGAUAUUCAGGCUACCAAUGGGUGGUCAGCUCUCUUUUUUGCUGCUGACAACGGAGAUACCACGACAACAGAAUUAUUGGUCAAAGCAGGGGCUAACCCUCACCUCAGAGAUCACAAUGGCCUGACGGCUCUGGAUUUUGCAGUUGCUGAUGGCCACAGAGCGGUGUGUCGGCUACUGAGAAAGUAUAUGCAAGGCCAAGACGUCAGAAUAGAUGAGGACUCAUCAGGAUCUACUGCAUCCCUGGAGUACGUCGAGACAGCAUCUACAACGUCACAGGAGUCAGGAGGCGACACUUUGUCUCAAGGCUCGAUAGGGUCUGCAACUAACUCACAGGAGUCUAAACCAUUUGCAGACAAAUCUGAGGUUGCAGCACAGACAGAAACAUAUGACUCUAGACCAUCUACAGCCGAGCCAGAAUACUCUAAAUCGCAGGACUGCACCGCUAAAUCUGAGGAGCCAUCAUCAACUGAAUCACAGGGGUCAGUCCAUACAUCAGCACACUCAUCCCAGGAGCCACCAUCUGAGACACCAGAAGAAACAUUGCUAUCAAGAGCUCCUCAGGCACUCCGAGAUCGGGUAAAGAAUGCCAGGGCCUGGGUGAAGGCAGCAUUCAAAAGACUCCAGGACCGUGUGUCCAGAUCUAGUAAGAAGAAUCUGGAGUCGGAGGGCCAGAGUCAAGGAGAGGAGAUAUUUCAGCCGAUACCAGUUUUACAAGACAAGGAACUGAUAUCCGAUCGAACUGAUCCAGAAAAAAACAUUGUAGAUGAUUAAUGACCAGUGAAAUUACAAACGAUAAGCACUACAGUGCAAACCCUCGGCACACU